AUGCUCACUGACGCUUCUGACUAUUUUCCGGAUCCACAGCAGUUUUCUUUCAAGGAAUAUUCGUUUGAAACAAAUGAAACCGAAGAAAAGCAAUACUCAGGAGCAGUGGAGAGGCUUGCAGGGACGGGUGAAAAUGGAUAUGGAAAAAGCUUUGUAAAAGGAAAACAACGGAACAGGAAGAAAUGGGAACGAGGCUUAAGCGGCAGUAGUGCUGUAGGGCAAGUACUACUUGGUCCGCUACAGCUAGCUGACAACAUCAAUAAUUGCUGUUUGGCUGAAAAGCGCACUCGGCUGCUGCACUGCUUUUAG